GUCCCUGCUAUGGAAUAUGGAAAGAAGACCAUGACAGCGUAUGCAUGUGGUAAAGUCACCAUCAAAGGAAAGAGGCACUGGUACAAGGCCCUGGAGGAUUCUGCCUUUGUGGCGCUUGGUGAAGACACAGCCUGGAUCAUCCGAACCAGCGGAGACCUCUACCUGCAGACAGGUUUGAGUGUGGACCGUCCGUGUGUGCAGGCUGCGAAGGUGGCCUGCCCGUGUCGCAUGGCCCAGCUCGCAGCGGGGUGGUGUGGGCCCUCAGCGAACAUGGGGCCGUCUUCUACAGAGAAGGCCUCAGCAGCUACUGCUCUGAGGGGGAAAUGUGGAAGUAUGACAAAAUCAGUGAGAGCCAGGGUCUGGAGCCCAUCUGUAUAGCCCUGGGAGAGAGCAACACGGCCUGGGCUCUGGACACCAGCGACAAUCUGUAGUUCAGGACUGGAGUCACUGCCAGGAAGCCCCAGGGGGACGAUGACCACUGGUGGCAGUUGAGCAUCACAGACUACGUGGUAGUCUGCCAUUCAGAACAUGGCCAAUCCUCGGUGGAGCGGGUGGCAGAGUGCCUCCGCGUGGCCUUCCUGUCCCAGUAGUGCCAGCCCAGCCUGGUCUCCUCCAACACCACCGGCGUCUGGAUUGCAUCCAGCAGGAACAACUUCAAUGUCGCCAAGGGCAGCCUCAGUGGUACGUUCUGGCAGGGUGUGGAACCCAGAGGAACCGUCUCUGCCACCAAGGAGCUUCCUGUGGCUGGGCCAGAGCAGGAAAGACCUGUUCUGUGUUUGGGACCAGGAUGGUCAGAUGCACCCCACCACAGUCCAACUGCCCCAGGACACAGAGAUGGUUCAGCUCUCUGCCUGCCGCGAUGCCCUGUGGGGACUGAACCACCACGGCCGCAUCCACAUCCGCACCCUCUCAACUAGCCCCACCGGCAUGCACCUGCUGGACCUCAGCCAGCUCGAUCAGGUAAGGCUGAUCAGCAUAUCGUGUGGGCGUGUGAUGGCUAUGGGAUGGUCUAUUUCCGCAUGGGUAUGCAACCCCUGAACACCAGCAUGAUGGUUCCUGCCUGGAUCUGUAUCGAACCACCAGAGCAGGUCAUGUCAGCAGGGCGGAACGCGGACAUGCGGGAGCUGCAAAUCCCCCUCCAGCAUCGCUCUCCCUCCCUGGCUGCUCUCUCUCUGGCCCAGCGCCCCUGGCCCAGCGACCCCGAUGCAGGCUUCUUACCGCAGCGCGGGGGCUUCUGGGACCACUUCAUAGCCACUCCAGAGCCCAAAUACUGCUGCGAGGCCUGCAGGCUAGUGCUCUGCAACCCCAGGCAGACAGAGUGUGGACACCGCUUCUGUGAAACCUGCAUCUCUGAGCAGCUCAGCAAACCGAAUCCAGUAUGUCCAGCGGAUAGUGAGCCGCUGUUCAAAGACAAGAUCUUCCGUGACGUGUGCUGCCAUAGAGAGAUCAUGGCUCUGAGAGUGUACUGCAGGAGUGAGAAGAAUGGCUGUAAGGAGCAGAUGAGUCUACAGCAGGUCAUGGAUCAUUUGAAUGUGUGUCUGUAUUUUGAGGUGCCAUGCCCUUUGGGAAAGUGCAAAGAGAAGAUGAUGCGCAAAGACAUUCCUGAACACUUGAGUUGGAAAUGUAAACACAGGGAGACCACCUGUGAAUUCUGCAUGCAUAAGAUGGCCAUGACUGAAUUACAGAAACACAAAGAAACCGUUUGUCCUUCAUUUCCGGUGGCCUGCCCCAAUCAUUGUACUUCUCCCUCCAUCUUACGAAGCGAGCUGACAAGUCAUCAACAUGAGUGCCCCAAGGCUCAUGUCACCUGCUCCUUUAUCCGCUUUGGAUGCAAUUUCAAGGGUCUCAACCAAGACAUGAGGGACCAUGAAUCUAGCUUUGCCUCUGAACACCUGCGGUUGAUGGCAACCAGGAACACUACACUGGAGGCCAAGGUGGAGGAUGUUAAAGGAGAGCUUCUGGAGCGCUACAAGGUUCUGCCAGGCCUGAGCAGCCGUCUGUCUGAAACAGAGUCUCAGUACGAGGAGAUGAGGGAGAAUAACAGACAGCUGGAGCAGAAGCUCACUACCAUGCAGAACUUGAUGAGUUCCCACUCUGAGAAGCUUUUGGAGAUGGAGCUGGAGCUGAGGUCUCUGAGGACUAUCCGAGAGGAGGUGGAGACACUCCGAGGCACCGUGGAGAGCAUUCGUUCCAGGGUCGCAACGCUAGAGGGAGGACGGGUCGGGGCCAACCCAGCCACACACACACUAGGUUCUUUAGAGACACAGCUCUCCCGUCAGGACGACAUACUGAGUGUCCACGAGAUCCGCCUGGCCGACAUGGACCUGCGCUUCCAGGUCCUAGAGACUGCUUCCUUCAAUGGGACGCUCAUCUGGAAGAUCCGUGACUACAAGCGGCGGAAACAAGAAGCCGUGGCUUCAAAGACCCUGUCUCUCUACAGCCAGCCUUUCUACACUGGCUACUUUGGCUACAAGAUGUGUGCCCGGGUCUACCUGAACGGAGAUGGCAUGGGGAAAGGAACCCAUCUGUCUCUGUUCUUUGUGGUGAUGCGUGGCGAAUACGACGCCCUCCUGCUCUGGCCCUUUAAACAGAAGGUGACUCUGAUGCUGAUGGACCAGGGCCCAGCCAGGAAGCACCUAGGGGAUGCCUUUAAACCAGACCCCAACAGCAGCAGCUUCAGACGGCCCACGGCAGAGAUGAACAUAGCCUCGGGCUGCCCGCUGUUCGUAGCCCAGACUGUGCUGGAGAACGGUACUUACAUCAAGGACGAUACCAUCUUCAUUAAGGUCACAGUGGACACGUCAGACCUCCCUGACCCCUGACCCUUCACCUCUGGUCUGUAGAGAACAGCAGAUGUAUCCGGAUCAGGGUGCCCUUGUGUGAGAGAGAUUGCAAAAGAUGGAAUGGAGAGAGCAGAAAGAAGGAUGGAGAACAAGAAAAUAACAGAAAAGUUAGAGUAAGGUUUAUUUGCAGAUCUCAAGGUGCAGCCUAAGCCUGCAGAAAGAGCUGGGUGGACCUCAGAACAGUGGCCUUUGGUGCCUGUGUUGCUCACCAGAGAGGUGAGAGAAGGAAAGGGUUCUUUUUAAACCAGGGAGACAUGUCACCAGUGGCAACCAGGCUGAAUGUUACAAAAUCUAAAGAAUGCCUAUAAUACUCAAAGAAGGGAGAGGUAUAAAUAGCAAUGGAUAGUGGAUCAUUCUAACCCAAGUUAUCAGGACGUAACCAUCAUCAAACUACAUGGAACCAGUAUGUAUGUAUGUACAGUUGAAGUCGGAAGUUUACAUACACCUUAGCCAAAUACAUUUAAACUCAGUUUUUCAC